AUGAAGCGCCAAAGGAGCGAAGAAGAAACUAGCAGCGAUGAAAACAUAUCAGAUAAUAGUGAUGUGGACACUGAAGACAUUAGUGAUGUGGACAUUGAAGACGAUGAAGGGACUAUUAGCAGUGCAAUGAGUGAUUGUGAAAUAUCUGAUCAAAAGGAAAAACAGGUGCAAUAUGAAAUUGGCACUAAUGGUUAUCUACGUCAGAUAUUACCAGAAAUCGAUCCAAUAUAUGAAAGUGAUUCUUCUACUGAAAAUCCAGUCAAUACCGUGGGUAAUAUACCGAUGGAAUGGUAUAAUGAUUAUCCACAUAUUGGAUAUGACAUCGAUGGCAAAAAAAUCAUGAAACCUGCUACAAGUGAUGAACUGGACAAAUUUUUGGAUAAUAUGGAAGAUCCUGAUUCAUGGUUACGUGUAAAAGAUGUUUUAUCACAACAGAACGUUAAAUUAAGUGACGAAGAAUUAGAGAUUAUUCGUAGAAUACAGAUGGGUGCAUUUCCAGAUCCAAAUUAUGAUCCGUAUGAACCAACUGUUGAGUGGUUCACUGGCAAACCAGAAGUGAUGCCACUCAACGCGACGCCUGAACCCAAGAGGCGUUUCGUACCUUCAAAAUGGGAAGCAAAACGUAUAAUGAAAAUUGUUCGUGCUAUUCGCCAAGGACGUAUUGUACUCGGUAAAACUCAGACACCAAAACCUCGUUAUUAUAGUUUAUGGACAGAUAAUGAUAAACCGCGCGAAGAGCACAUUAUGCAGAUACCUGCACCUAAAAUAAAGUUACCCGAACAUGAUGAGAGCUAUAAUCCUCCUGCAGAAUAUUUACCAACAGGCAAAGAAAGAGAGGAAUGGGAAAAGACGGACCUGGAUGAUAGAGAAAAGGAUUAUUUGCCCAAAAAAGCUGUUCCAGCAUAUGGACGGUUUAUUCAAGAGCGAUUCAGUAGAUGCCUCGACUUGUAUUUAGCCCCGCGUAUGCGAAGGAAUAAACUUAACAUUGAUCCGGAAUCACUCUUGCCUAAAUUACCUAAUCCAAAAGACCUUCAACCUUUUCCAACAUCAAUUACUCUUUCAUACGAUGCUCACAAAGGUCGUGUACGCGAGUUCUCUAUUGAUCCAUCUGGAAUAUGGUUGCUGUCUGGGUCUGAUGACAAGACUAUAAGGAUGUGGGAAAUUACAACAGGACGUUGUGUUAAAACCUGGGAUGUGAAUGAAAUUGUGCAUUCCGUGGCUUGGUGUCCAAAUAAGGAUAUCUGUGCAUUUGCAGUUGCUAUUUCGAAUAAAGUUAUUAUAAUUUCACCACCUGCUAUACGUGAUGAUGGAACUACAAAUUUAACAGCUCAAUAUGUUACAUCUGGAUUUAACACUGAGAAAAAUGAAAAACAAAUGAAAUUAGUUGAAUGGAUAAAACCACCAACGGAACAGGGAGACGGAUUCCUUGUAAUUGUGCAGCACGCACAUAACAAGGUUGUCAAACAAAUUACAUGGCAUCGAAAGGGUGAUUAUUUUGCGACUGUGGCGCCUGAUGCGGGCAACCAAGCCAUCUUGAUUCAUCAACUUUCGAAACAUCAAACUCAACAACCUUUUCGCAAGGCAAGGGGUAUGGUUCAACGCGUCAUGUUCCACCCUAUAAAGCCCUUAUUCUUUGUGGCGACUCAAAGAUUCGUACGCAUCUAUAAUUUGGUAAAACAAGAAUUAAUUAAAACAUUGCAAUCGGGAGUUAAAUGGAUUUCCAGCCUGGAUAUUCACUCAAUGGGUGACAAUGUCAUAAUAGGAAGUUAUGAUAAACGAUUAUGUUGGUUUGAUUUGGACCUUUCAUCGAGGCCAUACAAGGCAUUACGGUUUCAUUCAAAAGCUAUUCGUAGCGUUACUUUCCACAAACGCCUACCACUUUUUGCAUCGUGUAGUGACGAUGGAACCAUCCAAAUAUUUCAUGGUAUGGUUUAUAAUGAUUUGCUUCAAAAUCCCUUAAUUGUUCCUGUAAAGAUAUUAAAGACGGGUCAUCAAGUAGUAAACAAUCUAGGUGUUUUACAUUGUGAGUUUCAUCCUACUCAACCAUGGAUAAUAUCUUCAGGCGCAGAUCAUUCAUUAAAACUAUGGACAUAA